GGCCGCCAUUAAAAGCCCUUAGAAGCCUCAGCAAAACCGUUCCAUUUUCCGUUAUUUAUUUCUUGGAGACAAUCGGCUCUGCUCCUUUCGGUAAAAGAUCUGCUGAAAGCCUAGCCGAUUUUCGCCAUGGACUCCGCAAUUCGAUCUCUAACAUUGCUGCUGCUGAUAAUGUUUACAGUUACGCAGUCUCGAGAAUCGAAAGCCGCACCGCGCCUUAAAAGAUUUCCCGCAGAGGCAACGGAGAAAAACCUAAAAACCCUAGCGGGGCCGCUGUGGCUUCCCCUUCUUCACAGGGACUCCAUCACGAAAGCGACGAACUUGAGCUACGAGCAACGCACAAAGCAAAUGCUGGAACGCGACGCGCUUCGCGUGGCCGCCAUUAAUGCUCGGCUCAAGGAUUUGCAGACCAAAGUGUUCUCCGGCAUACCGCAGAACAGCAACGAAUAUUUCACGCGCAUCCGCGUCGGCAGUCAGGCUCGCGAGCAGGCGAUGGCCGUGGACACAGGAUCAGACAACAUCUGGAUCCAGUGCCAGCCUUGCAAAGUCUGUUACAGCCAGACCGAUCCACUCUUCGACCCUGCACUGUCCUCAACCUUCAAACCAAUCAACUGCUCCUCCUAUGCCUGCCGCCAACUGCACAUCGGGAGCUGCGACGGCAACGGGAAUUGCCUGUACGAAGUAUACUACGGCGACAAAUCGCACACCACGGGGAAUUUAGCCAUGGAAACCCUAACAAUAGGAAAAGUCUCUGUGCGCAACGCUGUGAUCGGGUGCAGCCACACCAGUCAUGGCCUCUUCGUUGCUCACGCAGGGAUUCUCGGCCUCGGUCGCGGAUCCUUGUCGUUGCCUUCACAGUUAUCACAUUACUAUGCCGGAAUCUUUUCCUACUGCCUCGUUGAUCGGAAUUCCAACCGCUCCAGUACCUUGGAUUUCGGUCCGCAGGCGGUUCCACCCGGGGCUGUAUUUGCCCCUUUGCUGAGCAACGCCCGCCAUGAAAGCUUCUACUAUGUCUCUCUGGUAGGAAUCAGUGUCGCCGGGAAGAAGCUCGCGAUUGAGGAAUCCGUCUUCUUGCCGGAUCAGUCCGGCCAUGGUGGCACAAUCAUCGAUUCCAGCACUGUACUCACCAGGCUUCCAACCGAUGCCUUCCUCCCUCUUCGUGACGCCUUUGUGGCGGCCUUUGUAGAUGAGUUGCCGUUAAGUGACGAAAAUGAAGAAUUUGGCGCGUGUUAUUACCCUUUUGAGCAUGAGGAUCAUCCUGGCGUGCCGACGAUUGACUUCCAUUUUUCUAACAACGCAACCCUCUCAUUGCCGCGACGGAAUGUUCUUGUAAAAGUUAAUGACAAGGGGACCUUCUGCUUGGCAUUCCUAGAAACAUCGUCCAGUAUUUCGAUUAUAGGGAAUGUCCAGCAGCAAGGAAUACGGGUGUCAUAUGACACUGUUAACAGACUUGUGGGAUUCACCCUCAACAGUUGCUGAAGGAGGUUAUUUAUUUCAGUAAUUUAUCUACCAUUUAUAUAUUUAUUAUUAUUAUUUAAA